GUCGGACGCCGCAGAGGAAGGAAGAAGAAUGAUGAAUCCUCUGUCAGUUUUGGUGCCUCUUCUCAAACUUUACUACUGUGGAAUCAGAGUUCUCAUCUACCAGAUGUUCAACAGCUCGUUUACUCUACCAGUCUUACAGAAGCAGAAUGGAAGGGUUGGCAUUGUUACUGGUGGUACAAGAGGAAUGGGUUAUGUGACUGCAAGACAUCUGGCAAGACUUGGCAUGCAUGUUAUAAUAGCUGGGAAUGAGAGAGAGGAGGGCUUAGCUGCUGCAAGGACAAUUCAGGGAGAAUGCAGAGAGGGGAAAGUGGAGUUUCUGUUUCUGGACCUGACUUCCCUGAAUUCAGUGCGAGAAUUUGUCGAAACAUUCAAAGGCAGAGGGCUUCCGCUCCAUGUUCUGGUUAACAAUGCUGGAACCAUGCUGGUUUCUGAGAGUCAGACAGAAGAUGGCUUUGAGUUACACUUUUCUCUCAACUACCUCGGCCACUUCCUACUGACCAACCUGCUGCUUGACUUGCUGAAGAGAUCAGGCAGACCAGGCUGCUGUUCACGUAUCGUCAACAUGUCCUCUGCAACACACUAUGCGGGGGUUAUACACAUGGAUGACCUCAACAGGAGGUUAAGCUACAGUUCUCAUGGUGCCUACGCCCAAAGCAAACUAGCUUUAGUGCUUUUCACUUACUACCUACAAGAGCAGAUGACAGCCAAAGGUUUCUCAGUGGUCGUCAACGCUGUGGAUCCUGGGAUGGUGGACACAGCACUCUACAACAACCUGUGGAGCCUUGCACAGGCACUCAAAAAGCCAUUUGCCAAGACUUUGUUCAGGACACCGACAGAGGGUGCCUCCAUAAUCAUGUAUGCGGCAGCUGCCUCUGAGAUGGAAGGGGUGGGUGGUUGCUACCUCUACAAUGGCGAGAAGAGACAAUCAGCCAAAGAUUCCUAUGACGCUGAACUUCAAGCGGAGUUGUGGAGAAAGAGCUGUGAGCUUGCAGGCCUACACAAGGGCUAAUAUACAGCGUGACUGUCCUUCAAAGACCAAUAGAUCCACAUCAGACUUGAAAUUAUGUACGGAUUUGGCUUGGACCAGUGAUUCACAACCACUAUGGUGUGGAAAUGUAUCUUCUUUUUUUUUCCUAAUUGGUCUGAAAAUUAUUAGUUAUCUAUUGUAAGUAAUGUAUCUUUGUUCAUCUAUUGUAUCCGUGCCAGCAAUGUAUCGUGACAGGAAGAUAAUUAAAUGCUCUUUCACUUGAUGGCAGAAGCUCCAGUUAACCUUUGUAUCCACCUGUUGCCAUGCAUACAACUGAAUAACUUUGUGUUAAACUAAACAAGACCAGAUUUCCCAUUGAGUAAGUAAUUUGAUCCGAGAUCAUCAUUAUUUCAAUAUAUAUAUAUACAGUAUUUUUUGUCACAUUUUUGUUUGGUGGUUUUCCAAUGUGAAAUAUGUGUCUGACCCUGACUCAAUAAAAAUUGGGAAACGCUG